AUUACCGUCGUUCAACUUCAGAUAAAAAGCAGCGCUCAGCUUCCACCCAUCCCAACUUACCAAGUUACAAGUAACAUGCGAGUGUCACUUUUUCGCUCGUCGAUAACAUUCAGACGCUGGGAUUGAUUUGACCUUGAAAGAGCGUUGGAUUGCGAUUGAUCAGGGUGGAUGUUAUCCUAUCACCUCGGAUGUGACUCUGGAAGACCACCCAGAUACUUGCAAUUCUGCCACAGAUUAUGACAAUCGGUCGUCGUCCCACCCGCUGCUACCGUUAUUGUAAGAGCAAACCUUGCGCGGUACACUGCGGUGUACCUGACCCCAAGAUGAGGAUAUUCAACCUCGGCCGGAAGCGUGCUUCAGUCGACGAGUUUCCUUUCUGCUGUCAUCUCGUCUCUGAUGAGUACGAGUAGCUGAGCUCCGAGGCACUCGAAGCAGCCCGCAUCUGUGCCAACAAGUACGUCACCAAGACGUCUGGCAAGGAUUCGUUCCACAUGCGUGUGCGAG